CCUACAAGGUUCUCUCAUCCAAGCUCUUGGAACGCGCAGGCCGUGGCCUGUCAUAGGAUUCUUGUAUGUCCCAGCUAAGGAGCACCAUGGAGGAGCAUCAUCAGGAAGCUGGGAAAGAGAAUAAGUCUUCCUCCGUGUCAGUGGAUCUGCAGGGGGACAGUCCCUUACAGGUGGAGAUUUCUGAUGCCGUGAGUGAGCGGGACAAGGUGAAGUUCACUGUUCAAACCAAGAGUGGCCUCUCUCAUUUUGCCCAGCCUGAGUUCUCAGUGGUUCGGCAGCACGAAGAGUUUGUCUGGCUACAUGACACCUAUGUGGAAAAUGAAGAGUAUGCCGGCCUCAUCGUGAGGAGGGGCUGGACUGGGUGGGAGGUCGGGAGAACAUGGGUGAGGACAGAAGGCUGUGAUGGCCCCUUGGCAAUUCAUUCCUCCUUUGAGCAGAUUCCCCCAGCCCCUCCCAGGCCAGACUUUGAGGCUUCAAGGGAGAAGCUGCAGAAGUUGGGUGAGGGCAGCAGCUCUAUCACCCGGGAAGAAUUUGCCAAGAUGAAGCAAGAGCUAGAAGCGGAGUACUUGGCCAUUUUUAAGAAGACUGUUGCAAUGCAUGAAGUCUUCCUGCAGCGCCUGGCAGCCCAUCCCACCCUGCGUCGGGAUCACAACUUCUCUGUCUUCUUGGAGUAUAGUCAGGAUCUGAGUGUCCGAGAGAAGAACAGGAAGGAGGUCUUGGGAGGGUUCCUGAGGAGCAUCGUCAGGUCUGCAGAUGAAGUCCUCAUCACCGGCAUAUCAGGGCUCAAGGAGGUAGAUGACUUCUUUGAGCAUGAGAGGACCUUCCUAGUAGAAUACCACACCCGAAUCCGAGACACCUGCCAGAGGGCCGACCGUGUUAUGCACGCCCACAAGUGCCUGGCAGACAACUAUAUCCCUAUCUCUGCUGCACUGAGCAGUCUUGGAACCCAGGAGGUCAACCAACUAAAGAGGAGCUUCCUGAAACUGGCAGACCUCUUUGAACGACUGAGAAAGCUGGAAGGCCGGGUAGCCUCUGAUGAGGACCUGAAGCUGUCUGACAUGCUGAGAUACUACAUGCGAGACUCACAGGCAGCCAAGGACUUGUUGUACCGGCGGCUUCGGGCACUGGCCGACUAUGAGAAUGCUAACAAGGCGCUGGACAGAGCUCGAACUAGGAAUCGGGAAGUGCAGCCAGCAGAGAGCCACCAACAGCUGUGCUGCCAGCGCUUCGAGCGCCUCUCUGACUCCGCCAAACAGGAGCUCUUAGACUUCAAGGCUCGCCGGGUCUCGUCUUUCCGUAAGAAUCUCAUUGAGUUGGCAGAGCUGGAACUCAAACACGCCAAGGCCAGCACCCUGCUUCUCCAGAACACCCUUGUUGCCCUUAAGGGAGAGCUUUAGUGAAACCAGAUGCUCCUCUUCAAUGACACCUGUCCUCAAAUCUCCAGCCUUCUCCCUAUAAAGAUGCCCCCGUUCCCUACCAUGGUGGCCACUAGCCACACCUUUACUCUUCCUUGGGCAAACCCAGGCCCAAAGGCAGUUGGCCCUGCCUGACAGGGCAGCAUAGGGGCCACAGGUAAGCAGAGUUCCUAGGGGCCCUAGUCCUCCCCACAGUAGGCUGAGUCAAACCUCCACCGUCACUGGCUUUUGAAGAAUUCAGUGGCAUCCCCACCUGCUCCUCACAAAUAAACAGCUGUUUUAUUGCCAAGA